AUGUGAGGCCCAUGCGGGCUCCGACCAAUGGCGGCACAGCGCUCUCAGCUCAGCCAGUCUCGGGUCUGUAUUCUAAUGGGCCAUAUCUUUAUCAAGGAAAUGUCCCUUCCCUGAACUUAAAACUUCUGAUGGAGGGCCCCCAGACUCAGAAGCAGAGAAACCGGGUGCUCUGAGUUUGGGGAGCACCCCUCCUUAGGCCCAGCUGGCCGAGAAGGAAAGCGGAAGGCCUCCCACCUCCUCUGGACACCUGACUUUCCAGAGGGCUGACGUAGGUGCCCCAUCCCUGAGGAAGGGCCGGGCCAGAGGGCAGUCGGAGGCUCGCGGUGGGAUGGGGGGGCUCUGAUUCUCCAAGCCUGCCAUGAGAUUCUGGGCCAUCAUCUGAGGUGCUGGCCUCGAAGGGGCUGCCCGCCCUCCUGCUCGCUGACCUGGAGACCAUGGAGUCCAACCUGCAGGGGACGUUCCUUCUGAACAACACGCAGCUGGCCCAGUUCUCGGAGAUGAAGGCUCCCAUGUGCCAGUACUCGGUGCAGAACUCCUUCUACAAGCUGAGCCCCCCAGGACUUGGCCCCCAGCUGGCAGCCGGGACACCCCACGGGAUCACGGACAUCCUGAGCAGGCCGGUAGCCACUCCGAACAGCAGCCUCCUGUCUGGCUACCCCCACGUGACAGGCUUCGGGGGACUCGGCUCCCAGGGGGUCUACUACGGGCCCCAGGUGGGGAGUUUUUCCAAGGCUGGGAACGAGUACCCCACCCGGACCCGGAACUGCUGGGCGGACACAGGCCAGGACUGGCGAGGCAGCGCCCGGCCGUGCAGCAACACCCCAGACCCCCUGAGUGACACGAUCCACAAGAAAAAGCACACCCGCCCAACCUUCACAGGCCACCAGAUCUUUGCUCUGGAGAAAACCUUUGAGCAGUCCAAGUACUUGGCUGGCCCAGAGAGGGCGAGGCUGGCUUACUCACUGGGCAUGACGGAGUCACAGGUCAAGGUGUGGUUCCAGAACCGCCGGACCAAGUGGAGGAAGAAGAGCGCCCUGGAGCCCACGUCGUCCACGUCCCGGGCCCCGGGCGGUGCGGGAGGCGACCGCGCGGCCUCGGAGAACGAGGACGACGAGUACAACAAGCCGCUGGACCCGGACUCCGACGACGAGAAGAUCCGCCUGCUGCUCCGCAAGCACCGGGCCGCCUUCUCGGUGCUCAGCCUGGGCGCGCACAGCGUCUGAGCCCCGGCCCGCCGCGCAGGCCGGCCCUGCCCUCUCCUCUCCCGGCAGCUGAGGGCGGGGGUCAGGGAAGAGGAGCUCCGGGGGCGGGGAGGAAAGAGGAGGAGGGCAGGAAGGGAAGGAGGAGAGGGGUGGUGAGUGCAUCGAAGGAGGAGGUGGCGCGCCUCUCUGCCUUUUCUCCACUCGGGACUCCCCACCCAGGCAGCCUGCGCUAAAGCAGCAGGAUUUUUUUUUCCCAGCAGGGAACCUGGCUGUGGGGUUCCCGGGAGGCGCCGCUUUCCCCCUAGGGGUUAGGGAGUCACACAAGGCCGGGAUUGCAAAGCAAAGGACGGAGCCUGAGUUCCAGGUGUGCUUCCGCGCGACACCACGGGUGGGGGCAGGAGGAACUCCUCCCCGGGGAGGGACGUGGGUCCCGAAAACAGGAACUCUCCCAACCCUGAGCUUCAGGACCCUGGCGGCCUCCCGCUGCACUUUACUCUCUAGGCGGAUCCCUCUGUUACAGGAGGAGGCUGGGAAAGGGAACCCGGGGAAAACGGGCAGAGGAGAAAACAGAGGAGAGAACCCUGAGGUUUGGUUUUCCCUGGGAGCCACCCAACGAGGCAUCCCUGUACACCCAAGGGCUUCAGAGCUUGGGACCACCCAAGCAGGAAGGAGAGAAGGGUUCUGACCGCCACACUCCUCCAACAGGGGCACCAGACCGGGGAGCCCCCGGCAGCACAAGGGGCUGAGAGCGCCGUUGGGUACCCAGGCUUUUAAAACAAAACUAGAAUAAAGAUGAAAAUCCCAGAAACCUC